AUGACUUCUAUCAUCACCAACCAAACCUAUGUCAUUACUGCAACAACUGCUGAUAGUGUUGCAAACCUUGUUGUUGAUAGUGUAACUUUGAUGGCAACAGCUCUCGUGAUUAUUCCAACACUCAUUGUUUAUUUCAAGAGAGAUUCGUAUUUGAUUUUUAAAAGUCUAGUAGAAACUUGCAAUUCGAACAUGCAUGCACCAGAUCCCAGAACCAAAUCAAAAGGUUUCUUCUUUUGCUUGAUGAAUAGUUUAGUUUUAUUUCUGAUAUAUCGAGUACUCAUCGAAGGACUCACAAUCGCUCAGCACACUCAAGAAUUACGAAAGAAUGUCGAAACCUUUGUAUUAUUAUUGAAUAUAAGAAGAAUUUUAGAUUACAUUGGCAUGUAUUGGUUCUUAACCUUAUUCACAUUCAUCAUCCCAAUUUGGAUGAAAGUUUGCAUUACAUGGAUUUCCACACAACGAAACCGAAAAAUCAUGAAAAUUACAAUUGGAAUUCUUCUCAUUCUUGUCAAUGUGUUGGGAUUCUGUGGUUUCUUACCAGUUACUGUCUUGUCAAUUAUUAGUGCAAUUGAUACAAAUUUUGAGAGUAAUGAUUUAUUGAGAAAGAUUUUAACUUAUGGAAUUGGAACACCACUUGUUGGUAUUUCAACUGCAAUUGUUUUCUUUUUGAGUAUUGGAGUGGUGGUAAUGAUUGUUAUCAUGUUGAGAGAUGCUUCAAAGAAACAACCUGAUAAUAGUGAGCAAUAUCACAUUCAAAGACAAGCUAUUGUCAAAUUGACUGUUGGAGUUAUUGUUUUGGCAGCUGCUGUCUUGAUUGAAACAAUUGGAGUUGCUGUGAAUGGAGCUAAUGUUCCAAAUUAUAUUGUAUUUCCAUUGGCUAAGGGAAUUCCAUAUGUUUUCUUUGCAUUGUGUGUGGAUUUAAUAUUUUGGCCAUUUCCUCUGCCAAUUCUGAGUCAACCAGUGCAAUUUGUCAUGCAAGAAUUGAAGUUUUCCACCAUUGUUAAUUUACCAUCAAUAGAAAAGAAGAAGAAAUUGGAGCAACAAGCAACACUCAGUAAUCAAUCCGCUAAUCCUGAGACUAAACAUGAGGAAAUUCAAUUGGAAGAUCAAUCAAAUGUUUAA